GGAGACUCAACAUUUAAAUGUAUUAUAAUGAGGUUCUACAGAGGCCAGAAGUGGUCCAUCACUGUGGUCUCUUAUCUGGACCAAGUUACUGAAAUCAGUCUCUUGUCCAAUGAAACCUGUAGUUAUGGCUGGUAGAAUAGGGGCUGGGGGAUCAGUCAGCAUCUGGUGGAACUGCAAAUUGGUUAUUAUUAUUUUGAGACGGGGUCUUACUCUGUCGCCCAGGCUGGAGUGCAGUGGCGCCAUCUGGGUUCACUGCAGCCUUGACCUCCCAGGUUCAAGGAAUCCUCCCACUUCAGCCUCCGAGUAGCUGGGAUCACAGGCACACACCACCACGGCCGGCUAAUUUUUUUGAUUUUUAGUAAAGAUGAAGUCUUGCUAUGUUGCCCAGGCUGGUCUCGAAUUCCUGAGCUCAAGCGAUCCUCCCACCUCAGCCUCCUAAAAUGCUGGGAUUACAGGUGUGAGCCACAGUGCCUAGCCUUUUUGUUUAAAGAUAGGGUCUCACUGUUACCCAGGCUGGUCUUAAACUCUAGACCUGAAGCAAUCCUCUGGCUUCAGCCUCCCAAAGUGUUGGGAUCACAGGCGUGAGCCAUCAUUUCAGCCACUGCACUGUUCCAAUAUUGCUUAGCUCAAGGCCAGUGCUUAUUGAGCUACUAAGAGGAAAAGAAAAGCAGUGUGGCAGUAAGAAUAUAGUUUAAAUGUAGGGUGUGUGACUUAACCCUUGCCUGGCAUGACCUUAGGUCCUAUUCAUAAUUUGGUAUCUUAUUGCCACUGGUGUCCCCUUGACCGCAAGGGGGUCCAUUCAGUUGUUGGGGGCUUAGGAUUUUAUUUUAAUUUUUUUUGAGACCGAGUUCCGCUCUUGUUGCCCAGGUUGGAGUGCAGUGGUGCAAUCUUAGCCCACUGCCUCCCCGGUUCAAACGAUUCUCCUGCCUCAGCCUCCCGAGUAGCUGGGAUUACAAGCAUGCAUCACCACGCCAGGCUAAUUUUGUAUUUUUAGUAGAGACAGGGUUUCUCCAUGUUGGUCAGGCUAGUCUCGAACUCCCGACCUCGGAUGAUCCUCCUGCCUCGGCCUCCCAAAGUUUUGGGAUUACAGGCGUGAGCCACCGCGCCCUGCCAGGAUUUUAUUUUUAGUUUACAGUGUUGAGGGUUAUGGGAUGCCCAGGGCCUGGGGAGGAAGGGGACGGGAUGUGUCCGUCCUAGUCUGAGGAUGACCUUUUCGAGUUCAAAAGGGGGCGGUGGACGCACCAAGGCACAGUCCUGAGGGCAGGAGGUGCAAAAGUUGGGCCCUCCCAGAGGUGUAAGGCCUUAGGGGAUCCCAAGCAUCCCUGGGGCUCAGCCUCUUGGACCUGACCCCACUGCCCACUCUUUUGGCUGGUUCCACUCUCCCCUGCAUCCCUCACGUUGUCCCCAACAGGAAGCUGUGGGAACCUGUUCCCAGGUGUAGUGCACCCUUUGGGGUUCUAUUUGGCUGGAUCCGCGGGGUCGUCAGCUGCAACUGUGACGGCGGGGAAGCGGGACGGGAUGGUGCGGAUCUACAGGACCUCGCCUCCAGGUGGGACCUCCCUGCUGAGCCAGGGAUUCUUUAGGAUACUUCAAGCCCAGUCAACUCCAGGCAGAGGGUGGGAGGGUCAUGCACCGGCGACACAGUGGAGGACGUCACGGACGGGCAGGAAGGCAGCGGCAACCGAAACUAGUGGCUCAGUCGGUGGCCGGUGUGCGGCCAACGGCCAGGGCAGUGGGACCGGACUCAGUGUAGUUGUCAACUAUUGCUACCUAAAAGGUUACUCCAAAACUUUAAGCGGCUCAAAACAAUAGACGGCGCGUACGGAGCCUGCAGCGGCCACGGGACCGUGGGAAGCAGUCAGUACCCGCCACAGGCCGCGCUUUCCGGGUUCCGGGUUCCCGCCAGGGAGGAGACACGCCCCCACCUGGGCAGGGACCAAGCAGAGCCGCGCUCCACCCAGGCCGGGACCAAUGGGACAUGCGCCACGACCCAGGCUGAGAAACGUGCCGCUUGCCCUUCCUCCCCGACCUGCGUCGCGUCGCGCGCGGCCGAAUCUCCCGCCAAAGCUGCCCCCGCCCGCCAAGGCGCGACCUAUCAGCGUCGCAGGGGCCCGCGGCGGCCCGGCCGCCUCAAUCCCGUGGGUGGGGGGCAACCUUUUCCUCAGGCCUCUCCUCAGCCCACGGCGGCCAUCCGGCUCCCGAGCCGAGGGCCAGGCAGUCGGGCUUCGCGGCUGCCCGCGGUCCUGAGGCCUCGCCCUAGCCCCAGUUGGCUCGCGAGGCGCGCGCAGCUGAGUGGACCCCUGCGGCGUGGCCCGAUGGUCUCGCCCGACCCGGCGCGCGCGGGAGGCCGAGGGGCGGGGCCCGGCGCCCACAUAAAGGCGGUUGGGGGCGGGGCGCGCAGAGCUUGUGAGCGUCGGCGCGGGGACGCAGGUCUCUUCGUCAGGCCUUGCCCUGUUCUACUCUGCGCUUCCUGCCCGCGCCGCCGCCGCCUCAGCCCCGGCCCUGCGCUGCGCGCCUGGCCCGUGCUGUCAUGGCCUGCCGCCCGCGAAGCCCGCCGAGGCAUCAGAGCCGCUGCGACGGUGACGCCAGCCCGCAGUCCCCCGCGCGAUGGAGCCUGGGACGGAAGCGCAGAGCCGACGGCAGGCGCUGGAGGCCCGAAGACGCCGAGGAGGCAGAGCACCGCGGCGCCGAGCGCAGACCCGAGAGCUUUACCACUCCUGAAGGCCCUAAACCCCGUUCCAGAUGCUCUGACUGGGCAAGUGCAGUUGAAGAAGAUGAAAUGAGGACCAGAGUUAACAAAGAAAUGGCAAGAUAUAAAAGGAAACUCCUCAUCAAUGACUUUGGAAGAGAGAGAAAAUCAUCAUCAGGAAGUUCUGAUUCAAAGGAGUCUAUGUCUACUGUGCCGGCUGACUUUGAGACAGAUGAAAGUGUCCUAAUGAGGAGACAGAAGCAGAUCAACUAUGGGAAGAACACAAUUGCCUACGAUCGUUAUAUUAAAGAAGUCCCAAGACACCUUCGACAACCUGGCAUUCAUCCCAAGACCCCUAAUAAAUUUAAGAAGUAUAGUCGACGUUCAUGGGACCAGCAAAUCAAACUCUGGAAGGUGGCUCUGCAUUUUUGGGAUCCUCCAGCUGAAGAAGGAUGUGAUUUGCAAGAAAUACAACCUGUAGACCUUGAAUCUGCAGAAAGCAGCUCCGAGCCCCAGACCAGCUCUCAGGAUGACUUUGAUGUGUACUCUGGCACACCCACCAAGGUUAGACACAUGGACAGUCAAGUGGAGGAUGAGUUUGAUUUGGAAGCUUGUUUAACUGAACCCUUGAGAGACUUCUCAGCCAUGAGCUAACUGCCACCUGGCGGCCAGGAAGAGAAACAGCUCCUCCUCGACUAGGUGGAAGGCUGGCCAGGCACCAAGCAUGUGUGUGCACUUGUACCUGGUGGUUUCUCUGUUAGUAGUCCAUUAUCUCAUGAUGAAUUAUUUUUGCCUUACUUUCUUAAGAAACAUUAAUUUUAUGUAUAGUGAGUAUAUUUUGCAUGUUUUAAAUUGUAAAUGGAGCUAAAUCCAAGAAAGUACUUGAAGCAAUCUUCCAGCGAGCUUAAUUGCGUAAUCCCUGUUGUCCUCCAGGGUAAGCUGACAGGUCUAUUUAACUGGUUUUCCACAGGCAUCUUCAGUUGCUGCUUGUCAGAUGGACUGUUUUGGAUUUAACCAUGUAAUCCAUGGGACCAAUUCAGAGUCAGCUACUUUUAUAGGCAUGAAAGGAUUCUCAGACACCUUUAGUAUCUUUUUGGAAACUUAAUUUUUGGCCUUUUAUCAAUAUGUCAUAACAGCAUUCUAAAGUCAGACAUUGUUAAAUUGAGCUAUUAAACUAAUGGGUUUUAUGUAAGUUAUAUGGUCUUAAUUUGGUACUUGUAAAUAGCACUGGUUAGACUCUAGAAUACUCCAAGAGUUAGGGCAGCAGAGUGGAGUGAUUAGAAAGAACAUUUUAAAACAAUCAGUUAAUUUACCAUGUAAAAUUGCUGUAAAUGAUAAUGUGUACAGAUUUUCUGUUCAAAUAUUCAAUUGUAAACUUCUUGUUAAGACUUAUGUUUCUAUUGCUUUUGUAUGGGAUAUUGCAAAAAUAAAAACAAAAGAACCCUCUUUAA